CAUUGUAGGAGCGGCCGAUCCGCCCAGUCACACCGUUCACAGCUCUUUUCUUGUGGCAGGAGCCGUACGAAAAAAAACACUCAUCUGGACCAGGAGAUCCUGAGCUGUCCCUGGCCUUAUUUCUUUACUUUUUUCUUUUUCGUUCUGUUCGAUUGUUGAAGUCCAUUCCUUAGUCUUGCGCUCAUCUUCUGUUAACAUGGUCGACUAUCACGCCGCCAACAACCAGUACUCUGCCGGCGGGCCGCAGAAUGCCUACAUGGAGCAGGAGGACGACUGGGACCGCGACCUGCUGCUGGACCCUGCGUGGGAACGGCAACAGCGCAAGACCUUCACAGCCUGGUGCAACUCCCACCUGCGUAAGAUGGGUGUGCAGAUUGAGAACAUCGAGGAGGACUUCAGAGAUGGCCUAAAGCUUAUGCUGCUGCUGGAGGUUAUCUCAGGAGAGCGGUUACCAAAGCCAGAGAGAGGCAAAAUGAGAGUCCACUUUGUCAGCAACGUCAACAAAGCUCUGGACUUCAUUGCCAGCAAAGGUGUCAAGCUAGUGUCCAUCGGAGCGGAGGAAAUUGUGGAUGGAAAUACCAAGAUGACACUCGGAAUGAUCUGGACCAUCAUUCUCCGUUUUGCCAUCCAGGACAUCUCUGUGGAAGAGACCUCAGCGAAAGAGGGGCUGCUUCUGUGGUGUCAGAGGAAGACCGCGCCCUACAAGAACGUCAAUGUCCAGAACUUCCACAUCAGCUGGAAAGAUGGCCUGGCAUUCAAUGCCCUGAUCCACCGGCACCGACCUGAGCUCAUUGACUAUGACAAACUGCGAAAGGAUGACCCUUUAACUAACCUCAACAACGCCUUUGAUGUGGCAGAGAAGUACCUGGACAUCCCAAAGAUGUUGGAUGCAGAGGACAUCGUGGGUACGCUGCGGCCCGAUGAAAAAGCCAUUAUGACCUAUGUGUCGUGCUUCUAUCAUGCAUUCUCUGGUGCUCAGAAGGCUGAGACCGCUGCCAAUCGUAUUUGCAAAGUGCUGGCUGUCAAUCAAGACAAUGAGAGACUGAUGGAGGACUAUGAGAAGCUUGCCAGUCAACUUCUGGAAUGGAUCCGUCGCACCAUUCCCUGGCUGGAGAACCGCACCCCAGAGAAAACCAUGACUGAGAUGCAGCAGAAACUGGAGGACUUCAGGGACUAUCGCCGCGUGCACAAACCACCCAAGGUUCAGGAAAAGUGCCAACUGGAGAUCAGCUUCAACACACUGCAGACUAAACUGCGACUGAGCAACAGACCAGCCUUCAUGCCCUCUGAGGGGCGAAUGGUGUCUGAUAUCAACGGGGCGUGGCAGACUCUGGAGGGGGCGGAGAAAGGAUAUGAAGAGUGGCUAUUAAACGAGAUCCGGCGCCUGGAGCGGCUUGACCAUCUGGCAGAGAAGUUUCGGCAAAAAGCAGCCAUCCACGAGUGCUGGACUAACGGUAAGGAGGCCAUGCUAACACAGAAAGAGUAUGAGACUGCCAACCUGUCUGAGGUGAAAGCCCUCCUACGAAAGCAUAAGGCCUUCGAGAGUGAGCUCACAGCACAUCAAGACAGAGUGGAGCAGAUUGCUGCCAUCGCACAGGAGCUCAAUGAUCUGGAUUACUAUGACUCUCCGAGUGUGAACACGCGCUGCCAGAGUAUCUGUGAGCAGUGGGAUGUGCUGGGGGCUCUUACCGGGAGCCGCAGGGAAGCCCUGGAGAAUACUGAAAAGCAGCUGGAGACAAUAGAUGAGAUGUAUUUGGAAUAUGCCAAGAGGGCUGCACCCUUCAACAACUGGAUGGAGGGAGCCAUGGAAGACCUUCAGGACAUGUUCAUUGUUCACACCAUCGAAGAGAUUGAGGGCUUGAUUGCAGCCCAUGAGCAGUUCAAGUCUACUCUCCCGGACGCCGACACAGAAAGAAAGGCUAUCCAAAGCAUCCAGGAGCAGGUCAAAAACAUCGGCCAAAACAACAACAUCAAGUUCAGUGUAACCAACCCCUACACCACCAUCACACCAGAAAGCAUCGACCGCAAAUGGGAACAGACACUGCAGCUUGUUCCACAGAGGGAUGCUGCUCUGCAGGAGGAGCUGUCUAAGCAACAAUCCAACAAUGCACUGCGCUGCCAGUUUGCCUCUCAGGCCAAUGUUGUAGGCCCUUGGAUCAAACAAAAGAUGGAGGAGAUUGGCAGGAUAUCUAUUGAGAUGAAUGGCACUCUGGAGGACCAGCUCACAAACGUACGGGAUUACAAGGAGAGCAUCACAGAGUACAAGCCCAACAUGGACCAGCUGGAGGGAGUCUACAAACUCAUACAGGAGGCCCUGAUAUUUGAUAACAUGUACACCCAAUACACCAUGGAGCAUCUGCGAGUGAGCUGGGAGCAGCUUUCGACUACCAUCGCCCGUACGAUCAGUGAAAUCGAGAACCAGAUUCUGACGCGUGAUGCCAAAGGGAUCAGCCAGGAACAGUUGCAUGAAUACCGUGCCUCCUUCAACCACUUUGACAAGGACCACAGUGGAGCACUGAUGGCUGAGGAGUUCAAGGCCUGCCUGAUCAGUCUGGGCUAUGAUGUGGAGAACGACAAGCAGGGUGAUGCAGAGUUUGCACGCAUCAUGGGGAUUGUGGACCCUAACAACAGUGGAGCGGUCACCUUCCAGGCCUUCAUUGACUUCAUGUCCAGAGAGACCACAGACACAGACACUGCUGACCAGGUCAUUGCCUCUUUCAGGAUCCUGGCUGGAGACAAGCCCUUUAUCACAGCAGAGGAGCUGAGGAGGGAGCUGCCCGCAGACCAGGCUGAAUACUGCAUAGCCCGCAUGGCUCCAUACACCGGACCCGACGCCAUCCCUGAAGCUCUGGACUACAUGUCAUUCUCCACAGCGCUGUACGGGGAGAGCGACCUGUAACGCACCCUGGGAGACAACAUAAGGGGGCCACUUCUCCAACAUUUUUCUGACUGGACCUUUUUGAUUGAACUAUAUUACGGUUUGGCCUCUGGUCAGUGUUGCAGUUUUUUAAAAGUUAGGGGAAAUUGGAGAGGUCUGUGUGAGUGAGGAGGUCUUUCCUUCAUCCUUCCUGUCCUAUUCAAAGAAUGGGUUUGGGACAGAUUAGGGUCCAAGUUUAUCUAAUUCUUACAACUGUUAUUUUACUUUUAUCUUAACUUUUCCUUAUUGCCAGGAGAUUGAGCAUGAAGUUGUGUGACUCAGAUGUGUCAUGCACAAUUACUCCCUUGAUGCUGGACAUGCCAGGACCUUCUUUUCUGUUUGUUGAUUUCCAGGUUGGUGGGGGGUCGAGCAGAAAGGGGUCCCAGGCAGAGCUCAUUGCUGUACAUAGUUAUUCUUUAAGUGCAACAAAUGACACACAGCCCUUUUUUGGGAAAUACUGAUUGCGGCUAUCUUGUAAGUGAAAUAAGAGUAAUAUUUCUUUAAAAUGAAAUGAGUAGGCAGUGCACAUCCGUAAACCAUCACAUGCAACUCCUUACUUGGAAACCUCGGCUCUGUAUUAUUAUGAUUAUUAAUUUUUUUCUUUACACAGUGGUUCCAGUUAAACAAAAGCAUGUACUGUUCCAGAAUGCAUAGAGCAGUGUGCGUGGGUACUGGAUGACUGGAGAAAACAGGAGCAAAAAAGUUUUGCCUCAGCUCUGAAUCCUGCUCUGCCUCUGCCCCUCACUGCCGCCUCUUUCACAGUUUGAGGGGCUAAAGAAGGCUGACAUUCCAAUAUGAGCAAAUAAAAUGGGAAAAAACUGAUAAUGUAGAGAAUAAUCUAUGCAAUUGUAUAAUUGUUAUGCUAGGCUAUUUCUGGAAAAGUGUUGUCUAAAUUAUGCUGAAUUAAGUGCAGACUGAUUAGGGGCAGAAACAGACAGGAGCACACAAAGGAGUGACCAAAAGUGUUAGUCUGAUGUAAGGCUGUUGGGUUGUUUUUUUUUUUUUUUGCUUUGUUUGUUUUUUUGUACUUUCAUAUCAGACUGUCAGCUGUACUGUAAACUGCAAUGCCUCCUGUCUGGUGAAAAUAGUUUCACAAACACAUAAAAGACUUAAAAAUG